AUGGAUACAGAAUGGCAUAUUCGACAACAACUAGAAAUUUCAUGUGCACCUACAUCGGUUCAGUAUCAUCGAAUUGAUACAUAUUCAUCAAUUGUUGAAGGUGUUAAACGUGUGAGACGAGUUCUAUCUGGUGAUCCGGAAAAAGUAAGAGAUAAAUUUAUUCAAGCAUGCGGUCGAAAUGAUAUUGAAACUGUAAAUUGGUUAUUUGAAAAUAGUGAACCUGGUUCAAUUAAUUUAAGAAGAGGUAUUAAUCGAUCAGCAUUACAUGAAGCUGCUUUACAUCAUGAUGGUCAAUCACUUGCUCGUCUUCUAUGUCAACAUGGAGCUGAUCCUACACAACGUGAUUCAUUAGGUCGUACUGCAAUUCAUUAUGCAGCUAGUUGUGGUCAUAUGGAUGUUAUGCUUGAACUUAUUCAUUUUUUGAACGCUCCAAUAUCGUCUUUGACUGAUAUGGAAGGUCGUUGUCCAUUGAUGUAUGCUUGUGGUGAAGGUCAUUUAUCUUUAUGUCGAUGGUUAAUUGAAUAUACAGAUGCAGAUUUUCAGCGUCAAGAUGAUCGAGGUCGUUCAUGUCUUAUUUAUGCAUGUCGAGGUGGACAUACACAACUUGUUGAAUGGUUACUUUUAAUAUUAUCUCCUGAAUCGACCUUUACAGGUUGGCAUCCAUUACAUUAUGCUUGUUCAUCUGGAUAUUUAGAUAUAGUUAAAAUUUUAUUACAAUAUACUGAACAAGGUGGACAUGUUUUAACUAAUACCGGUCAUUCAGCAUUAUUUAUGGCAAUGCAUUCAUCUAUAAAUAAUAAAGAAAUGGUUGAAUGUUUACUCGAUUCACAUCCAUCUGUUCAAUUGACAACACAAGAUAUUCAUGAUUUAAAUUGUGAUAAAUCUUUACUAUUUCUACUUGCACAACGUCGUCAUUCAAUUACUUAUUUAUUCGAAUUUCUUGAACGAAUUAAUUAUUUCUUACCAUUUAUUCAUCUUCUUCUAUUAAGUGAACAUAUCUAUUGUCGUCAACGUUUACUUUCUAUUCCCUAUCAUCAAUCAUUUAUACGUCAUCGUUUACAAAAUCCAAUGAAACUUAAACAAAUUAUGCGUUGUUUUAUAAGAAAAUCAAUUGAUAAAAGUAAUAAAAUCGAUCUUUUAGAAAUUAAUCAAUAUUUAAAAAAGUUUAUACGUUUUGAAUAUUUAUAA